AUGGAAUUAAUAAAAUUAACGGAAUAUGGAAAUAUCUCACAUGAGUAUAAGGCAGUCUUAAGAGACAAGAAGAAAAAUUUGGAAAAGGAGAGACUAGCUGCAGUUAUGAUACAAAAGCAUUUUAGAGGUUUCUUAGUUAGAAAAACAAACAUAAUAUAUAGACACCUUUUAAAUAAUAUAAGAAAUAACUUCGAAAUAUUGAGAUGCAAAUAUUUACUAAAAAAAUUAAAACGAGAAAAGUUGGAGGCCCAACGUGAUAUGUAUUUAUCAGACAACGCCACGAAGAUACAAAAGAUGUUUCGUGGAUUUUACUCGAGGAAAUAUAUUCACAAUUUUUUUAAAUGGAAACAAGAUAUCAUUGAGAUUGAUAACUACGUCAAAGAUCAACAAAAUAAAAUGCUACACGAAAUCGAAGAGAAAAGGAUAAAACAAAUGGUGUAUGAUAAAAAACUACAAGAUAUUAAAAUUCAUAAUGUCGCAAAGAAUUUACAUCAUUUAGUAUCAACAAAGGCACAAAAGGGAGUCUAUAAUUAUAAAAUAGAAAAUAUAAUCAAAGAUCAACAAGAAAGAAUAAUAAAUAAAGUUAAGCGAGAUAUAAAGAAGUAG